AUGCGAUUCCUGCGGAUUCAACUUGCUACUGCAGAGCAACGAGCCAAUGAAUUGACUCUAAAGUGUCAGCAACUCGAAAGGCAGAUUUCGGAGGCAUUCAACUCUACCCAGCCCGCCCAAAAUACUCAUUCCGCGGUUCUGACUCCUGGACGUUCCUCAGUGGCCCAGACCAGCGCAGAAACUUCAUCCCAUUCUGAACCGCUGAGUGGGAACCCAGACCACCAGUUCGCCAGUCGCAUUCUGAGACCAACGUUCACUUUGAGGCGAAACAGCAGAGGAAUUAACUGUAGUGCUAUGAGCAGCGCUUGGGAGUUAUGGGGAGACGAUACAGAUAUUCGAGAGUUUGAGACCAACGGAACGGACCUCAAUCACGACGCUUAUCUCAACCUGGCCCACGAAUUCUUCGCCAGGCGAUGGCCAUAUUUACCUGUGCUACACAAACAGACCUUUUUCAACGAACAUAUGACCGCUUUCUUGACAAAUUCAGGCACAGGUACGCUCUCAAAUUUCGUGGUGAAUAUUGUUUGUGCCAUCGCCUCGGCGGAGAAAGCCUCUCAGCAGAACGGCGAGAAAGAUCAUAGAGUCUUUUUUAGAGAUGCAGUCAAGGAUCUGCACCUGGUAAUGAGCUCUGAAAACUUUGAAUGCGUUCAAUGUCUUCUCCUUCUAUGCAUGUAUGGCCACAACGAGCCUCAGUCUGUCAACAUGUGGUACACAACCGGACUUGCUCUAAACCUUGCCAUUGGUCUCGAUUUACAUCGCAAAGAAAGCGUAUACGGGCAAGAUACAAAAAGCGCAGAGUUAUACAAGCGUGUCUUCUGGUGCGCCUACGUGAUGAACUGCAGCAUGGCAAUCAACAUGGGUCGACCGCUUGGAAUACAGGGAUCAGAUAUUAGCAUGCCCUUGCCUCUACAGCUUACGGAUACUCAGCUCGAGGAAUCUAUCCAUACACCCAUCGUUGAAGAGACCUUGAUACCCCAAGUCAAUGAUACUUCAACAUUUAUACAUAUCAUCAAGUUGCGUCGUAUGAAUGCGGAUGUGUACGCAACAUUCCAUUCAAUUGGAUCCGGGUCAACCGAGGCCUCUGAACUGGAUCGAUCUCGCAGCGAAUAUUUUGUGAAGCUAAAUCAGUGGCUGAUUACUGCCCCUCGGUAUAUGCAGACUUUGUCUACUUUUCAGUCAACUGAAUGGUUUCAGAUCGCAUUUCAUCAUGCUGUUUUAGCACUUUAUCGCCCAUCACGCGCGAUUCCGAUGCCUUCUCCAGAAAAUUUAGGAAUCUGUACCGAGUCAGCUAUUGGCCUCAUUAGCUCAUACAGUGCCUUGUAUGCGCGCAACCGCAUCAAGUAUACUUUUGUCGCAAUACACUCGCUUUUCAUGGCAGCAGUGACGAUGCUUUACUCCUUGCGAGCAUUUGCGCCCCUGCGAAGAGAACUGACAAAACCUGUUAUCCAGACUAAUAUCUUCACAUUUCUGACACUUUUCCGUGGAAUAUGCAACGGGCGCGCCGUGGGUGAGAAAUGCUGUGGUAUUGUUGAAAGACUUGGCCAUUCCAUAUUGUCACUAUUCGAGAAUGAAGAUCAAGCCGAGUCGAGAAUUGACUCGGAAUUUCAGACUUGGUUUGGUCUUCAAACGCACACAUUUCCCUCCGACGAGAGCGAAUCAACUUUGGGAUUUCAUGCCCAAAAUCCAUCACCGCAAUUUCCUGAUGUUCAAGUUGAUCUACCGUGGACUGAUUUGUUUACACAAGGGAUAGACAUGGGCACUGCAGAUGUGUGGAGCGUUUUAUUUUGA